UUGAUAACUAUAACCAGAUCGAUGUCGUUAAUUACGUUAACCACAUGUUGAUAUAAACUCAUGUCAAAUUGCAAAUUGUAAUGUCAUACCACCUGUCAGCCACAUCAUAUUUAAAAUUCGUUACGUGCUGUCGACAAAUAUAACGGGAUAAUUUUGACGUUGUGGGUUGGCUGUUAAUUAAUGAUGUCAAACCGGGCCGCUCAAUUAGUACGAUAUUGUCCGCUUUGGGCCAAGCCCGCACGGUUUUUACUCUUGGGUGUCCUCCCCAAAAGGCCUCGUACUAAUGAGAUUGGUGGACACUAAUAUACAAGGGUUCCUUCCCUUGUAUAACCGAUGUGGUACUUGGAUUGUCCCAUAACAAUCCUCCCCUCAAGCCAAGGACCACGAACAUCGUGUCCUCACCUCAGAGAUUAUCUUGAUCCGCCAGAUGCCUUGUAUCGAUGGGCUUCUCGAUACAAGGACUUUACCAGACGCAGAACUCUCUUUGAUCUGCUUCCCAAAUGCGGCACUCUCUUUGAUCCGCCAAGCCCAAACGUGGAUCUCUCCUGGAUCCACCAAACCAAACGCAGAUCUCAAACCCCGAGGUCACCGAAUGAGGGUCCACCAAACUGACGUCCACCGCCCCGCACCGAACCAGCCUCUGAUACCACUUGUCAAACCGGGCCGCUCAAUUAGUACGAUAUUGUCCGCUUUGGGCCAAGCCCGCACGGUUUUUACUCUUGGGUGUCCUCCCCAAAAGGCCUCGUACUAAUGAGAUUGGUGGACACUAAUAUACAAGGGUUCCUUCCCUUGUAUAACCGAUGUGGUACUUGGAUUGUCCCAUAACAAUCCUCCCCUCAAGCCAAGGACCACGAACAUCGUGUCCUCACCUCAGAGAUUAUCUUGAUCCGCCAGAUGCCUUGUAUCGAUGGGCUUCUCGAUACAAGGACUUUACCAGACGCAGAACUCUCUUUGAUCUGCUUCCCAAAUGCGGAACUCUCUUUGAUCCGCCAAGCCCAAACGUGGAUCUCUCCUGGAUCCACCAAACCAAACGCAGAUCUCAAACCCCGAGGUCACCGAAUGAGGGUCCACCAAACUGACGUCCACCGCCCCAACCGAACCAGGCUCUGAUACCACUUGUCAAAAUCGGGGCGCUCAAUUAGUACGAUAUUGUCCGCUUUGGGCCAAGCCCGCACGGUUUUUACUCUUGGGUGUCCUCCUCAAAAGGCCUCGUACUAAUGAGAUUGGUGGACACUAAUAUACAAGGGUUCCUUCUCUUGUAUAACCGAUGUGGUACUUGGAUUCUCCCAUAACAAAUGAUCAGGGAACUAAUCAGGGAAAAGUACGGCGACCUGGAAUCAGCCCUGCUGCAACAGUGGUUCGACUGGCUGUCGACAUGGAACUACAACGCCGGAGCAGCACCCCGACAGCUCAACCUCUCGAACAAGGUCCGGUCCACAAUGGUGAUCACCAAGCCCAACCUCGACAAACUGAAAGCUCGGGUCCGAAGCGCGAAUCCCGAGCAGGCCCACGUGUCCACCUUCGUGGUGACGUGCGCUUUGAUCUGGGUCACUCUAAUCAAAUCAGAAGGCGUGGGGGACUCUUCCGACGACCCCGACAGGGUCUACCACCUGGGCUUCUCCGCCGACUGCCGGCGCCGGCUGGGGAUCGAGCUGCCGGAGUCGUUCCUCGGGAACUGCCUCGGCCCGACGUUUGUAGGGGAGAAGAGAGGGGAUCUGGCAGCUGGAGGAGGCGGGUUUUUUAGAGCGGCGGAGGCGAUUGGGAGGAGGGUGAGGGAGGGGGAAUGGGUGGGAGCGGCGGAGCGGUGGAUGCCGACGUGGAGGGAGGUGGCGGAGGGAGGGAGGGUGGUGGUGAUUGCUGGGUCGCCGAAGCUGAAGGCGUACGAGACGGAUUUCGGGUGGGGGAGGCCGAGGAAGAGCGCGGUGGUGCAGUUGGAUAGCUCGAGGUCGGUGGCGCUGUGCGAGAGCGGAGAUGGGAGCGGCGGCGUGGAGGUUGGUUUGGCUUUGGAGGAGAAUCGAAUGGAAGUGUUCGCCAAGUUGUUUGAGGAGUUCGUUGGACAAGUUUAAGGGUUCUAGUACUAUAGAAUGUUGUUAUGAAGAAGUUAUCUAUUUGGUCACACGGUAUGAAAAAGAUACCCCCAAUAAUAAAGAAAUUAAUAUGAAAGACACAAAUGGCAUAAGCACGAAUUUGGUUAGGAGAAUAUUUGAUAUUUGAGGUGGUAAUCAAUUAUGUAUCAAAUACACUAAUCAUAUCCAAACCACCAAUUAAAAUAUCAAAUUAAUCUAAUGUUUCGAUUGCUGGAUUCAUUGAUAUUUGAAAAAUUAAAGUUUAGUACCUAUACUUUUCAUAUUUAAACUCGUUUACCUCAAAUAUUAUUGAAAAAUUGCGUAUUGGGUACCUAACUUUGUUUUAUUAUGACUUUUUAGUACUUAACCUUUGCAAAAUUUAAUAUUGAUUCGACUGUUUAAAUGUCACUUGGAUUCAUAAGUCCAAUCCACCAAUCCAUUUGUUCAAUUGAUAAAUCUACCAAUAUGUUUGAUCCAAAUUGAUGAAUCCACCAAUCUACUAGUCCUUAAAUAACUAUUUAAAAUUCAUAUUUGAUUAGCCACAAAAUGUUGUGUGAAUCUGUGAUCAACACCACUGCCGUAAUGGUUUUCCACCCAACUCUAAGGACUCAUUUUAGGCAGCAUUCAGCGGUUUUGAGCUUUGCUGUUUGUCAUGGAAUUUUGGUAAUAUUAGUUCGUAACCUGGCCUUGGUCUCCAGUUAGAACAAUUGGUAAGCACCUCUCUUUCUAUCGGUCAAUACUACGGUGCCGCUUUAAAAAGUGUGGCACUGGUGACACUGUUUUCUAUUGGUCCAUGUGGAGCUUACGUGGCCUGACAGGUACUGGUUUAUUUAUUAUGAGCCCAAAGCCUACUAACCUAUUGAAAUUGGCUCGAACCAAAGUCGUACCCAAACGGACGAAAUUCUUUCCGUUGCUUUUUCCCCAUCAUUUUCUCCCCAAAUUAUUUUGUUCAGUUUUAUUUUUUUCUCUCUUGAGAAACCAAGGAAACGAAGGGAAAGUGAAGCGGUUCGGCGUCGAUCUCCUUCUCUCAGUCCAAACUGCUCCGGCGAGAAUACAUUGAGAAUACAAAACUGCUCCGGCCACCCCAAAGAACCUAUUCAGACCCACCGGAAUUCCACCGACAUGCAUCUACUCGUCGCACAUUGACCCUUUUAUAACUGAGAUUGAAAAUAAUUCGCAAUAAUCAUAUCAGAGCUCGGCUUUGGCCCCUUCGUAGAUGUAUUGCGUAUCCGAAUUGGUGAAUUUAGGAUUUCCUUGAGAAUGGGGUGUGGGCAAAUUAGGGUUAUUAGGGUUUCUCGCUUUGUUCGUCCGUCAAGGCUGGAAUAAUAACAACAGUAUAGGAAGUUUGGAAUUUAACUAUUAUUGGCAUGUCACACUAUCAUGGCCACGUUGACCAAUUAAAUACAGCGGCAUCGGCGCCGUACCAUAGUAUUGGCCCUUUCUAUCACCUUCGCUAACAGUAGAAGAUCAACUACCAUAUAUGAGAUAAUGUUUUGCUAUUCGCCGCUCUAAUUUAUAUUAAUUGUUGCAUGAUAUAAAAAGACUCAUAUAUUUUUAAUGAAAUGAACUGUAUUCU